CCCCUAUAAAAUGCGCUUUCUGCUAACCAUCAAUCGCACGCAGAAAACCUCGCUGACUAGCGCGCGCUGCAUCCUCCACUCCGAUGGCUUUUGCUUCUUCCUCCACGGAAUCCCAUGUCCUCCCUCACAUAGCAAUCUUCCCCUUCAUGGCCAAGGGCCACACCAUCCCGCUCAUCCAUCUUGUCCACCACCUCCGUCGUCGCGGCCUCGCCACCGUCACCUUCUUCACAACCCAUGGCAACGCCGACUUCGUCCGCGAGGGACUAUCCGGCGCCGACGACACGGCCGUCGUCGAGCUCGCGUUCCCCGCCGACGUUUCGGGAAUCCCGCCUGGAGUGGAGAGCGCCGAGGGGCUCACGUCCAUGGCCUCCUUUGUCGCCUUCGCACACGGCGUUUCGCUGCUCCAGCCACAGCUCGAGGCGUCGCUCGCCGCCAUGGAACCUCCGGCCAGCCUCCUCGUCGCCGACGCGUUCCUGUACUGGACGAACGCGACAGCGGCCACGCUCGGCGUCCCGAAGGUGUCGUUCUUCGGCAUCUCUGCGUUCGCACAGGUCAUGCGGGAGCUGCGCAUCAGCCAUGACCCGUGCCCGGCGCUGCAGCACGCCGACGUCGGCGACGACGGCAAUCCAGCGACGUUCACGGUGCCUGAGUUCCCGCACAUCAAGCUCACGUUCGAGGACUUGAUGGCGCCCUUCGGAGACCCGUCGUCGGUCGCGCCGAUGAUGGAGCUGGACGGCAAGCUGGGGAAGGCCAUAGAAGAAAGCCAUGGCCUGAUCGUCAACACCUUCCAAGGCCUAGAGAAGCCGUACAUGGAGUUCUGGAACAAGCACUACGGGCCAAGGGCCUGGGCCAUCGGCCCGCUCUGCCUCUCGCAGCCCCCGCCUUCUUCUUCAUCGGGCGACGCCGGCCGGCCGUCAUGGAUGGAGUGGCUGGACGAGAAGGCAGCCGCCGGCAGGGCCGUGCUGUACGUCGCGCUCGGGACGCUGGCCGCGAUCCCGGAGGUGCAGCUGAAGGAGGUUGCGGACGGGCUGGAGCGGGCCGGGGUAGAUUUCAUAUGGGCCGUGAGGCCCGAGAAUAUCGAUCUGGGUGCAGGGUUCGAGGAGCGUAGCAAGGACAGGGGCUUGGUGGUGAGAGAGUGGGUGGAUCAGUUGGGGAUUUUGCAGCACCGGAGCGUGAGAGGGUUUCUCAGUCACUGCGGAUGGAACUCGGUGCUGGAGAGCGUCACGGCUGGCGUGCCACUGGCAGUCUGGCCCAUGCAUGCCGAUCAACCUUUCAAUGCGACGUUUGUAGUCGAUGAGCUCAGGAUCGCAGUUAGGGUCCGCACGAGUGAUAGAACGAUGCGGGGUUUGGUCACGAGCGAGGAAAUAUCGAAAGUGGUCAGGAAGCUUAUGCUCGGGGAGGUCGGAACUGAAGCCGCAAAGAAUGUGGCGGAGUUAUCGGUGCUAGCUAUGGAGUCCGUAUCAGAGGGAGGAUCGUCUUGGAAAGCAGUGGAGGAGAUGAUCGAUGAGUUGUGUGCACCCCACAUGCAUGCAAAUGCUGAGGCAGGCAAAGAAGAGCCCUGAGAUGUUUAAUUGCCAUUGUUUUCCUUUCCAACAAAUAAUAUGGUGUUGUGCACUGUAGCUACACCAAACAAUUAUGUUGGUCAAUCGCAUUUACUUCUCA